UUCAUCGUGACUGAGAGCAAGGAUGGCCCGGGUGGACACGGCUGCGGCCUCGUCUUCAUCGUCGUCGCUGUCACUCAAGCGACCCAGCAUGGGCACCCAGCUGGGCUCGCUUCUGUCGCUCUACCAGUCCCUGGCGACGCUCCUGUUCGCACUUCUCGAGCAGCGCGCCUCGACUCGCGCCGGUGGUGGCUCCUCGUCGACGACGAUGGGAGGCGCCGCUCUACAUGCGCCUUCGCUCGACACGAUCCCCACAACGUUCCACGCUGAGCUGGCGCACCUUGAUCUCUUUCGCGGAGCGGCGACGGCAGCGAGCCAGAGCACAAGCAUCGCCGAUCCAGCCAGCGUCGUGCAGGCGAUCCGCGCCGUCGAUGCGCUCCUGGCGCGCCUGCUCGCGCUCGCGCGGCGCCAUGCCACGAACCAAGCACGCAUCGAGCGCCUCGUCGAAGAGUGCCGCGCAGCCGAUGGUGCACUCUCGGGCCGGAUCCGACGACUGGCACGCAUCAGGGACCGGUGCGAGCGCCUCGUCGGCGUCGGCCGCGAGGAAGUGGCCGUCAUGGAGCGCGCCGAGAAGAAGCCGCUGGACUACAGGGAUGUGCUGGCGUAUGCGGGACGGCUCUCGCAGACGACGACGGCCCCCGCUGGCUUCACGCUGCCGACGCACGCCGACGACGACGAUGACGACGACGACCAGAAAGGAGGGGACGCAGGCGGCGGCGAAGACGGACAACAAGGCGAAGGGAAGAACAAGAAGAAGAAGAAGAAGCCAAUCUACGCUACCGAGGACGUCGAUGGGGCUCAGCCGCCGCAAUUUAGGGGCCAGGACCUCGUGCCGCCCGAGCUGCUGGACAAGCUGCCGUUCCCGAGCGUGAGCGCCAUGCGAAAGGGCGUCGUCGAGAUGCCGUUUCCGACGUGGGAGGCCUUCAGACAGGCGCAGCUCGAGGAGGAGGCCGGUCCGAUGCUGCAGCAGGGUCAGAUCGCAGGCGCGGCUCCCCAGCAGCAGCAGCAUCAUCCACAGGCGCAGACCCAGAGGCAGGUGCAGCCACCGCCGCCGGCUUCGAUGCCCGCUCAGCAGCGCAAGCCUCCAGCCGAGGAAGACGACGACGGCUUCGGUCUCGAUUUGAGCUGAGCAUUUCCGUCUCUCUGUACAAUAGCCCAAUCUUCAAGCCCGUCUCUUCAUCGCAAUCGCACGUUCAGUACCAUGUCCAUUCUCGUAUUAAUGCAUCUCUCAAC